AUGGCCUCGACAGCAUCUAGUACCCGUUCCACCUCUCUCGCUACCCCAACGCCCGUCUCUCCUGCAAGCUAUCUUCGCCGUGCAUUCAAGGCCGAUGCCUCGAUUGUGCUCCUUGGCAUGCCAGGGACUGGCAAGUCUACCUUGGCCGUCAUUGCCUCGAUGGCGUGCCGACGGCGCGUCAUCGACGUUGACGAUGUGUUUCAAGAAACGACGGGGUUUUCCACCGCCAAAUACCGCAAGCAGUUCGGUGCGGCCAACUACAAUCUGCGACAGGAAGAGCUGCUGAGAACUCUCCUCCUUGAACAUGAUCACGGUGCGAUACUGGUAUGCAACGGCGUUUCCCUGGAAAGAAAUGGACAAGUCUUACUACAAGACUUUGGUCGAACGCACCCAGUAGUCCAUGUCCUGCGCGACCUUGCCAGUCUGCAUAGUUACUUGGGAGGACUUGACAUGCAAAGACUCAACGACAUGCUCGCCUUUACCGCCCCCAUGCUUCGGCGUUGCUCUAAUUACGAGUUCUACAACAUCUCCGAGGUCAAAUCACCAAACAACAACACGUCGAAUGAUCAGCCGGUGGCUCCGGCGUUUCUCACAUUGAAGAGAGCGCAGAGGACCUUCCUCAAGUACUUGUCACUUAUAACGACUCCGGAGCUUCCGCACGAGUCGGUUGGAGCAUCCAUUCCACCGUUAGAGCCCGGUUAUCCGCUUUCGGACGUUGCGACCGAGCUCCGUAGAUAUACUUGUGCAGUUCAAGUAUCUGUGGAUGACAUAUUGGCUGAAGAUGCCGAUAUCCAAAGCCUUGAGGUUGGAGCAGACGCCUUUGAAAUCAUCCUUGAUCUGAGUCAACAACGCCCUAUGACCAAUCUCAUGGAUGACGUUAGCGCUUGUGUAUCCAAAGUUCGAAGAAGCACCGUAGUUCCCGUCAUAUAUCAUGUGCUACCUACUUCGACCUCUGACGGUAGCAGGACUAUCUACCUGGAACACGUACACCAUGGGUUACGAUUGGUACCUGAGUACGCAUCUAUCGACCUGUCGCUAGAUGCUGCUGCACUUGCCGAUGUGAUAAACAGUCGUGGUACCACCAAGAUCAUCGGACAUCUGCAUGCCGACAAACCAUGGGAUGAUCAUUUCUGGGUAACACAGUACGAAAAGGCAGUGCAUUUAGGUUGCUCUGUCGUACGACUCACUCGCCCAGCAUCUUCCAUCGACGACGAUGUUUCGGUUCGCAGCUUCAGUAGUCGGAUGGAAACGCACGAGGCACAAGUGCCAGUGAUUUGCUACAACACAGGGCGAGCUGGUCGCCGCUCGACAUGUUUCAACAAAUAUCUCACGCCUGUUGUUGCUGCCUCGAAAAGAGAGAAGACCAACCAGAUGGCGUCAACAGCACAAUAUCCUUACGACUCCUGGCUCACUGCCAGAGAAGUAACACAAGCCCUUUACAGCUCAUUUACAUUUGAUCCAAUGCAAAUGUACAUCAUUGGCGUACGCCUAGGAUACAGCGUUUCACCAGCGAUGCAUAAUGUAGCGUACGGCGCGUGCGGCAUGCCUCACACUUUCAGUCGCAUCGAGAGCCCAUCUGUGAACAAACUCCAAGAGCUAGUACGCAAACCAAACUUUGGUGGCUCUAUUGUUAUACAGCCCUUCAAGAUGGAGGUGAUGGCGUUGGUAGAUUCGCUGAGCCAACACGCGCGAGCGAUUGGGGCUGUUAAUACUGUGAUACCCGUACGUCGAAGAAACGAAGACGGAAGCAUUCCCAAUGACCUCGAACUCUUCCAUGAGCGCAACCAGUCUGGUCCGGUUCAAGCUCUGUAUGGAGACAACACGGAGUGGAUCGGAAUUCGGUCUUGCGUGCGGCGAGGUCUUUCUCCGGCUAAUGCAGUGCGUCCGUCGACAUGCGGACUAAUUAUCGGAGCUGGCGGUAUGGCGAGGGCAGCUGUCUAUGCGCUGUUGCAACUGGGGGUGAUGAACAUUGUGAUCUUCAACAGGACGUACGAAAGAGCCGAGAGUCUUGUCGCGCAUUUCUCCCGCCUUACCUCGAGUUCGGCAGAUAAUACUACGGCGUCAGCCAUGUUGCGCCAGAAGCGGCCAAAUCUGACGAUAUUGAGAUCGCGCGACGAGGCAUGGCCAGAGCACCUCCGGGAUCCUACCAUAAUCGUUUCGUGUAUCCCCACUGAUCCGAUAGAUGGAGGUCCUGCAGCUCAAUUUACGCUUCCACGGCAGUGGAUUCAGAGCCCUACAGGUGGUGUGGUGAUGGAAACCGCGUACAAGACACUAAACACGCCCUUGUCGCAGCAAGUACAGGACUGCCCGAAGAAGCUGUGGACAUAUAUGGAUGGCCUGGACUUUAUCCCGGAACAAGCCUUUGCCCAAUUCGAGCUGUUCACAGGCAAAAGAGCGCCGCGAAGGGUCAUGCGUGAGGAAGUACUGCGGGCAUGGAGGGAUGAACAGGGCAAUACUGAUAUAGAAAUGGUAAGGAGGAGGCUCAAAGCCAUCGACGACCAAGAGCCAUGA